UACGUAGUCUACUUUACAGGACCACGUAGAAGGCCUGCCACUUUGACAACAUCACAAAAUAAUUUCAAAAUGUCAUUGGCCUCAAAUUUGUUUACGAAGCAAAACCGGCGACAGGCUGUUUUACAAGCCGUUUCAUUUAGAAAUACAGUUAACUCUCGGGUGAAUUCGGGUAAUCUGGGAAAUUGGGUUCUGUGGAAACCCUCUAAACUCGAGUGUGUUUUGUUUAGUCCACAGAACUUUUACUCUAGUUUUAGGAUGGAUGUUUUGACUGAAAUCACAAAACUUGAUAGGUGUGGUUUCACAAAAGGGGCAGGGCAAGUGUCAAUCAGGAAGCUCCUUUGAUAAAAUGCAUGCAAUAAAUGAUGAAUAAAAGAUUACCCGAAUUUACCCUACCCCAAACAUCCUUUCGCAAGCAGGCACACAUGUAGCCUACGCUGAAAGUUGACAUUCUGUCAGAAACCUCAGACCUUGCUCAGACAUUAUGUCCUGGACUAUACAUAAUGACCGUAAGCAGUAGCAGACAAGUGAUUACCACUUGGAACGCAACCUUCUAAAUGCGCCACUGCUAGUGCUAUCAUUUUCAGCGCCAGGUGAUGCUCAACGAGAAUGCUAACCAAUCAGAGCAGAGAAGGAAAGACCAUACUGCAGAAAGUUGCGGAGCAACAUCAACGCCUUCUCAUUACUCCGCACUCAGACUCUUUGAAAUCUGUAGCCUACACUGUCAACUUGACCAGCGGUGCGGAGCUCUCUUAGAGAACCAGAGACGAGUGUUGAAGAGCAUUCCUAACGCAUUCAGAAAUGUUGGCUUGUACGGAGAUGAUCACUAUGUGCCUGCAGUCGGCGAAACAGAAGCAUCUUCGGGCGCAGCAGCAGCAGCCGCAACUGCAUAACCUUGUACAUGGACUUCCAAUAUUUCACGAUAUUUUCCGCCGUGCUGACAAAAACGACGACGGGAAGCUGUCGUUCGAGGAGUUCAAUGCUUACUUCGCUGAUGGGGUGCUCACCACCGAGGAGCUGCAGGAGCUUUUCUACUCCAUCGAUGGACGACAGAACAACAACCUAGACACUGACAAGCUAUCAGAUUAUUUCUCUCAGCACUUGGGGGAGUACCUGAAUGUCCUCUCUGCUUUAGACAACCUGAACAUAGCCAUUCUGAAGGCAAUGGACAAAACUAAAGAGGAGUACCAGGGUUCCAGCGUGCUGGGUCAGUUUGUGACCAGGUUCAUGCUGAGGGAGACCUCCAGCCAGCUGCAGUCUCUCCAAAGGUCCCUGCAGUGCGCCAUGGAGGCCGUGGAGGAGCAGAGCAGCCCCGCCCCGAGGGAGGUGAAAGCGACCGAGCAGUACACCGGAGAAAGGAACAGCAGGAGGUGUGGACGCAGGCUCCAGAAAAAGCGUUGUCUGUCCCCGACGGAGCCCCGCUCCGGCGUCCUCACCACAGGAGUAACCAUGGAGACGGAGGACAACUGGUGUUCCCAGGUCAACCGGCUGCAGCAACUUCUCGAUAAGCUGGAGUGUCAGAGUCCUAAACUGGAACCACUGAAGGAAGAUUCCUUGGCCAGCACAUACAAAUCGAACAUCCUGCUCGUCCAGAGGCAGAUGGCCGUGAUGGAGGAGGAUCUGGAGAACUUCCAGAAGGUUCUCAAGAGCUAUGUGGACGCCACCUCCACCCAGGACGACAACCUACAUGUGUCUCUCCAGAAGAUCCCGGGGAAGUUGUGCUACAUAAUGUAUGAGUUCUGGCAGGACCGCCUCUCCUGGAUGAGCUACCUGCAGUCGAAUGCUAGUAAAAAUUUCCAGCGUUGUGUCAUUGAUAUGCUCGAGGAUCCUGAAGUUGUGUCCACCAUGGUGCUCCCAGCAUCCUGGUGGAUUAUGACAAACAACAACUAAGAAGGGAACACAGGCGGUCAUGUCUCCUGCCCACUCACAAACACACACACACACACACUCUCUCACGCACACACAAACCAAGACCAUGAUUCUAAAGGCCUCCACGUUUUUUUGUUCAAAGCUCGAAGAGAGAAAAUAUUGGUGAGGGCGCACAGCAUCAAGGUGCAUCUCUUUAUAUUCCACUGCCUCUGACUAGUCAUUAAUGUGCUGUUCUUUUCAAAAGAGGGAGAGAUGUGGGGUUAUUUGCAACACUGGGCAUGUACAAACGAUAAAAGUGAUUCUAUGCCAUGCAAAAGCCGAUAAAAAUGCUUUUGAAGCUUUCUCUUUGAUACAGUGCUGCAGUAUCACAAGACUAGAUUAAACAGAUUAUCCCAGGGGGGUUAGUUUAGUGCAGUGAAUCAACUCUUUAAACGCCUUGUUUACCGUCUCGGAUGGCAAUUAAGUAGAAUCAGUCGGGUUAGCAGUCUCUCCUAUGCAUGCUGAACAACCUUUAUCAAGACUCAAGAGAUAGUUGCUUUGCAUUCUGGCUGCUUAGUGUUUUUAUUUUCUUAACAGAGACUAUUGUGUGACGUGUUUAGAAUGACAAACAGUUGUAGAGAUUAGUGAUGACACCUCACUGCUCCAGGAGAUAAGGAGUUCCAUUCCAACCUUCUAUUAUUAGGUUUCUCCAGUGGCGUUUGUUUGCAUCACCUACCCAUGAAUGUACUGUACAUGUGAUUUUACUCAACAUGUAGCUUAAACUUCGGUCUGGAACCAAUUCUCGGAGCAGGACUGAUGUUUGGAUCUGGGCUUUGUUUAUCAAUGGUCAACUCCAUUUGUAGAUACUGUUUAAGAGGCCCAGACAUGUUCGUAUUCGUUUUCAUAUGCAGUUUUAAUUGUGCUGUUUUAAGAGAAAGCAUUGUAUUACCUCCAUGUAAACAUCAAAUAAACUUUAAUAAAAGUCUGAG